AGGACAGCCAAGGCCGUAGGUCUAUUUUCUUGGCAUCCAUUUCUGAUGGCUCUGGCAUUUUCCUUCAUUAUGACGCAAGCUAUUCUGCUAUUCUCUCCGGAGAGUUCCCUUAUUUUGUCCUACUCGAGGAAAGUCAAAGUCCGAACCCACUGGGUGUUGCAGGGGCUGGCCACUGUCUGUGCCAUCGUAGGCUUGGCCAUUAUCAGCUAUAACAAAUAUACGAAUGACAAACCACAUUUUACCAGCUGGCACGGUCUGGUUGGGUUGGCAACUGUCCUGUACAUUUGCCUGCAGUCUGCUGGUGGGGUGACGCUGCUGUAUCCCAAACUGAUGAGGAAAUGGUCCCUGGCCAAACUGAAAUCGUAUCACGCCACCUCUGGACUUGUUGGCUACCUGCUAGGCUGCACCAGUCUGCUUUUGGGCAUGUGUUCAGCAUGGUUCACAGGGAUAGUGACUGGUGUUAGCUGGUAUCUGGCCAUUAGCUGCCCUGUUCUGUUGGCAUUGGUCCUCAUGAACCAAAUUACUAAUGCCUACCUGAGGAAAAAGAGGAUACAGCCUUGAAUAAACUUCCACCAUGGCUUUGGUUGCUUAUCCGUUAUUCACUCUCUCUCUAAUCUAUAAUUACCGAGAAGUGUUAAAACCAACAAAUCAAUACACCAAGCUUCUUGUCAAUGCGGGUGAUUGAUGAUGAUGUGGAAACUACCAGCAGAUCAGUAUCAAUCCUGCAUUAUGUUGGGAAAUGAAAAAGUGGACCUGAACAAUGGCUGGAUUGUUUUCCUGUUCAACUAACUAAGUUGAACUAAAAUGCUGGUGUUGGUUGGCAUCUGAUGCAGUCUUUCAGGGUAUUGAAAUAUCUUCAAGUGUCCUCUUUCUGUUCCUCUUUUGCUGGUCAGCAGUACUACAGUUGGAUUCCUUUAGUUCAUUCUCACUGUUUGAAGUUCAAGAGAAGAUUAUAGAAAAUGGAAACAACUGUACUCACGAAAGAUGUUGAAUAAAGUGGAGCUCAGUGUUAAGUCUCCACUAAAUUUAUGCUGUAUGAAAAAUAACGCAUGUUUUGAAUCAUUCAGAGAGGGUGAUUAUAAUAACCUGGAAUUAUAUAAAAUGUAAUUUUUAUCUCUGAAUAUUCAUAAACCAUUUUGCAUGGUAUUAUCUUCUACACCAUCUAAGUUUUUAAUUCUCUCACUGUAGUAAUUUACCAUUAAGAUUGUGAAUAACUUUAGACUUAAUUGAGAUGAACUUUUAAAUUAAUUUAUUAAUGUUAAUGCAAUUUUAAUUGUUAUUUAAUUCUCUACCUUCACAUUCCAAGCUCAUUGUCCUGUAUUUAAUCCCGUUUGUCUUUGUGUGUUUUUCCUUAACUGUUGCUUGUAAUGUAUUGUGUUUUGCUCUAGUUGAUGUGUCAUAUUUAUAUUUCAUCCUUUAUUGUUGGGUUAUCUUUUGAGUUGAGAGAAACAGCUGUUAUUGCAGCAAUGUGUUUCAUCUAAUUGUAUUUACAGACUGCUUUGUAAUAUAUUUGUUAUUCAGUUCUAUCAAUGUCAAUGAACAAAAUAGGAACUGGAGUAUAUAAUGGAUCAUUAAAACAAUGCCAUCUGCAUUCUGUCCAAACUACUGGUUUCACCACAUAUUCUGCCAAUCUCUUCUUUGGCUCCACUGAAUUAUGUUCAGAUUAACAAACAAAUUAAAAGGUUAUAUUACGGUGACACCACUUCUCGGAGAGGACUGGAAUCUUGUGUGUGUGCAGCUGUGUUCAUUUGAUUCUGCAAUCACAGGAGUCGUAUCAAUCUGCAGUGAAAGGAUUUUCUGAGUUUGAAUCUCCUGACAAUGUUGUCACUCUUUUGUCUAAAACUGCAAUAGCUGAGGCUGGACUGAUUUAAGAUCAAGGAGCCAGAAUAUGGUCAAGAUGUAUUGUUUAGACAUGAUCUGAAAAUAAUUAUAGCUCAAAGCAGAAAUUAUCCUUUUGGACAUAGUUAUAGACAAUAGGUGCAGGAGUAGGCCAUUCGGCCCUUCGUGCCAGCACCGGCAUUCAAUGUGAUCAUGGCUGAUCAUCCCCAUCAGUACCCUGUUCCUGCCUUCUCCCCAUAUCCUCUGACUCCGCCAUCUUUAAGAACCCUAUCCAGAGAACCAGUCUCCACCACCCUCUGAGGCAGAGAAUUCCACAGACUCUCUGUGAGAAAAAGUGUUUCCUCGUCUCCGUUCUAAAUGGCUUACCCCUUAUUCUUAAACUGUGGCCACUGGACUUGGACUUCCCCAACAUCGGGAACAUGUUUCCUGCCUCUAGUGUGUGUAAACCCUUAAUAAUCUUAUAUGUUUCAAUAAGAUCCCCUCUCAUCUUUCUAAACUCCAGAGUAUACAAGCCCACCUGCUCCAUCCCUCAGUAUAUGACAGUCCCGUCAUCUCAGGAAUUAACCUUGUAAACCUGCACUGCACUCCCUCAAUAGCAAGAAUGUCCUUCCUCAAAUUAGGGGUCCAAAACUACACACAAUACUCCAGGUGUGGUCUCACUAGGGCCCUAUACAACUGCAGAAGGAGCUCUUUGCUCCAAUACUCAACUCCUCUUGUUAUAAAGGCCAACAUGCCAUUCGCUUUCUUCACUGCCUGCUGCACCUGCAUGCUUACUUUUAUUGAUUGAUCAAUAAGGACCCCCAGAUCCUGUUGUACUUUCCCUUUUCCCAACUUGACACCAUUUAGAUAGUAAUCUGCCUUCCUAUUUUUGACACCAAAGUGGACAACCUCACAUUUAUCCACAUUAAACUGCAUCUGCCAUGCAUCUGCCCACUCGCCCAACCUGUCCAUGUCACCCUGCAUUCUCAUAGCAUCCUCCUCACAGUUCACAUUGCCACCCAGCUUUGUGUCAUCUGCAAAUUUGCUAAUGUUACUUUGAAUCCCUUCAUCUAAAUCAUUGAUGUAUAUUGUAAAUAGCUGUGGUCCAAGCACUGAGCCUUGCGGUACCCCACUAUUCACUGCCUGCCAUUCUGAAAGGGACGCGUUAAUCCCUACUCUUUGUUUCCUGUCUGCCAAUCAAUUUUCUAUCCAUGUCAGCACUCUACCCACAAUAUCAUGUGAUCUAAUUUUGCCCACUAAUCUCCUAUGUGGGACCUUAUCUAAUGCUUUCUGAAAGUCCAGGUACACUACAUCCACUGGCUCUCCCAUUUCCAUUUUCCUAGUUACAUCCUCAAAAAAUUCCAGAAGAUUUGUCAAGCAUGAUUUCCCCUUCGUAAAUCCAUGCCGACUUGGACCAAUCCCGUUACUGCUAUCCAAAUGUGCUGCUAUUUCAUCUUUUAUAAUUGACUCCGGCAUCUUCCCUGUUUUCUCUCUCCCGCCUUUCUUAAAAAGUGGGAUAACAUUAGCUAAAUUUAUGACGGUUGAUGAUCUGGUUCUCAUAUUUGAUAGGCAGGCCUAUCUUGACUGAUCUAAAUCCUCAAUUCCUUGGAUUGCUAAGGAGUGUCCUGCAGUGGAAUGAAAAUAAUGGCCGUCAACUCUAACAGCACCCAGGCAUCAUGUGCAGAAUCUGUGCUAACUUGCUAGACUAUGGUUUCCUGUCAUCAAAGGAAGUUCAUUGUAGAGUUUCAGGGGAGUAUUCCUGUUGGUAACAAUGUGCUUAAUAAUGAUGUUAAGAGAUUCAAAUAUUUCUGCUCAACUUGGAUUUUAUUACCAAUCGUUGGAUGAAUUUAUUUGGUUUAUUGAAGCUGUUUGUACUGAGUCAUGCAGUCUGUGUUCCAGUUUUUUGUGUACUAAAUAAAUGCCCAUCUUUCAUGUA